AUGUUGUUUCGGCUAGUACGAAUAGUUUUCUUCAUUAGCGCGUGCUGUCUGGGAGUGAACAACGCCAAUUUGCAAAACGAUUUCGAACACUUUUCGAUAUUCCACUCAAAUAAUGAGAACUUCACGCGUGGCAUCAAGGAACUCAUAGAGCGCAUACAAACGGAGGAUCGAUUCGUUAGUUACUUUCUGCAAAGGAACCAUGCUUCCGAUUGCGUUGAUGAAGAUUUAGCGAAGAACUUCAAAUUGCCCUUCAUGCAGUUGAACGAGAGUAAGCGUGUGUAUGUACGUGGCACUGGCAAUAGCAUCUUAUUGGUCAUAUUAUGUAUUAGUCGACUCACCGAUAAGGAUUUCCUGCUGAAAUUCGCUAAACAAUUGCAACACAUACGCUCCAGACGCAUUCUGGUUAUACAUAAUGACAAACUGGCCGCAAGUACUCGAACGGAAAUCGAGACUUUCUUCCGUAACUGCAUGCAAGUGAAAUUUCUGCAUGUUAUACUCGUACAUCGCGAUUUCACUGAGACAAACGUCUUUCACUCGCUGAAUCAAUUUCCCGAAUUUGAGUUAGAAACUCGUGAUCUUCGUACCACAGCGUCAAUCUAUCCGAACCGCUUCGUCAAUGCAAAGGAAAAGAAGUUAUCUGUAUUGGCUGAUCAAAUCGAGCCCAUUACCAUGUUGUACGAAAAGGGUGAUACUCUCAUCCUAGAAGGCUACAUCGGCUACUUUAUGAAAGCAUUCGCCUUGAAGUAUAACUUUCGUCUGUGGUUGCCUAUCGUAUACGAACCGUCUAUUGUGCGUGUUAUUUCUAUGGAAGAGAUACGGCAGGCAGCACGCAACGGUUCCAUCGAUGUGGGCGCAAGUUUAUCCACACCGCAGAAGGAGGCGAACUUGCACGAGUACAUCUAUCCGAUAGAGUUUUUCCAGUGGCUGACUAUGCUGCCGGUGGAACCACCACUGGAAACAUACUACUUUUUCAUCUCCAUCUUUAGUCCCACAUCUUUAAUUGGUAUAUUUUUGUUCUCUUAUUGUGUGUGCGUUCUAUAUGGUUUACAGUUGAAAUUGCGUCGUAAAACUCUAUACUGGAAUCGUGCAUUAUUGUUGCUACUUUUAAUGCCAUGGCAUCUGGACUUACUUCGCGGUCUACUGAAUCAAUCAACCGCUAUGCGUUUGAAUUCCGUUACUCGACGUAUUAUUUUCAUACUCGUUUUCGCGCUCGGCGGUACUUUGAAUAAUUUUUUCUCCACCAAAAUGGUGAACUGGUUGACUGUGCCGCCCCAUGAGCAGCCAAUUGAGAAAUUUAGGGAAGUUGCUGAGCAUAAUCUGCAGAUACAAAUCCCAGAACCCGAUGUAGCCGAGAUUAAAUUCUAUCGUGGUGAGAAGUUUUGGAAAAAAUAUAACCGCGUUUUCAAUGUGGUGAAAUCGGUUGAUGAAUUUCAGGAGAAUAUACGCAAGAUGGACACACGUUACGGUUAUUUGAUGAACACUUUGGUUUGGCCGAUAGUUGAACAACGACAAAGAUAUUUCAAAAAUCCUUUAUUUCGUUUAUCGCAAAAUCUUUAUUACACCAAGGGCUCACUGCUCAGUCUGCCAAUAAGCGAGAAUUCCAUAUACAAAGAUCUUUUGAGUAAUUUCAGCUUGCGUUCACGCGAAUCGGGUCUGUUAGAUUAUUGGUAUAGCAGAACAUUCUAUACGAUGGUCUCCAUUGGGCGUUUCAAUCUGACAGACCUAAGUAAGAAAUAUACGCAUGAAGUGUUGACCUUGAAGGAGUUCGAAUGGGUUUGGAUCACCUAUGGUGUUGGCAUAGGAUUGAGCGUUUUGGUUUUUAUAUUCGAAUGGAUUUGCUAUAAAUUUACAAAUGCACAUAUAAUUUAGAGCACUACUUCUAUUAAUUAAUGAAAUGUGAAAUAAUACACGUAUUAUUAUGUGAUUGUAAAAUAAAGAAAUAUAAAUAUUUUA